CGUUCCUUAAUCCGUCGCAGGUGUUUCCCGUUACCCGUCGGUCACUCGGUCGCGCACUGUCCAUCUCUCUCUCUCUCUCUAGAUGUUUUCUCCGCCAUUGCUAGGGUUUUUGCCGGAGGCACGAGCUCUGGAGAGCUUAACGAGGGAUUGUAGUCGUUUCUGAGGUAAUACCUAGGGUUUUUAAGAGGAGUUAGGGUUCGUGAGAUUGCUUUUCUGUUCAGUCGGCAGGUCUGUGCGAUGGCCGCGGUCGAUGCGGAUCCGUUUCAGAAGGCGAUCGAUCACCUGGAGGCGGAGAGGGCGAUCCUCACGAACUUCACCAACUUCUGGAAAGACCUUUCCAGCCACAUCUCCUCCCUCGAGCAGACCCUCCGGCAGAAGUCCGAAACCCUGGAGUCGAAGCUCCAGUCCCUCGACUCCACCACCAAGGAGGCCCUGGAGUCUCUCGCCACCAGGGAGGAGUCGCUCCCGUCAAAGGAGUUGGCCGCAUCCGAGCGCGUUGAGCGGCUGAAGCAGGCGGCACUCGCACAGAUCGAGGAGCAUUCCGGCGCCCUGCCGAAGGGUGCCGACGUUGCGACGAGCCUUAGGUUUUUGUGUCUUAAGAUGGACGCCGAUGGGCUGUGGAGGUUUCUGAUCGCGAGGAGGAAGGAGCUGGCAACCAUCCGGGCGGAGCUCGAGCCGGCGGUGGCGGACGCCGUGGAUCCGGCGUCCCUAGUUUUACAGGCACUCGAGGAUUUCGUAUUCAGACGGGCUGAUAAGGUCGGCCUCUCCGACCAGCGCUGGGCUUGCGGGAUGCUUCUCAGGGCGCUAUCGGCGGACGAGGGAGUGGCUGCGAGCGUGAAGGAGCGAGCGAUGGUGCUUGCCGAAGCUUGGAAGGAAAAGAUCCACGGGAGCGGGGAAGGCGGCCUGGCUUCGAAUGCAGCUGAAGUGCAGAUGUUUUUGCAGCUGCUGGUGACAUACAAGCUGGUGGAGAAGUUUGAGAUGGAUUAUCUGAAGAAGUUCGUUGUGGCAUUUGCUUCUCGAAGAGACAUGCCGAAGCUUGCAGUCUCGUUAGGGUUUAAUGAGAAGAUGGGAGAAAUAAUUGAAGAAUUGAUAGGCAACGGCAAGGAGGUGGAUGCAGUAUAUUUUAUUUAUGAAUCCGGAUUACCUAGUCAGUUCCCUCCAGUACCACUUCUUAAGGCCUAUCUCAAGAAUGCGAAGAAAAAUGCAAAUGGUGGGACAAAGAGUGGAUCUACUGAUGAUGGCAACCUGUCAGAGCUCAAUGCUCUUAAAGCCUUGAUCAGGUGUAUUGAGGACCACAAGUUGGAAGCUGAAUUCUCCCCUGAAAGCCUGAAAAAGCGUGUUAGUCAACUGGAAAAGGCCAAGCUGGACAAAAAGAAGUUUACUGGCCCUCCUAAGUCACAGAACAAGAGAAGCCGGGCUAGUGGUGGCAGUGUAGGCUCUGCUUCCUUCCCACCUGCCAAAGCUGGAAGGCAUGCCAAUGCAUAUCCAUCAUCAAUGUGGAGGGAUCGAAAUAUACCAGCCCACCAUUAUCCUGCUGCUCCUUUCCCUCCAUCAUACAGUGCUUAUGAUUACCCAUACCUGACAGAGACAUCCAGUGUUGGCAGCCGUAGUCCAGCAGCAAUGUCUCAAAGCCACUACUCUUAUGUUCCGGAAGAUGUGGCAACCACCCGUGCUGCUGCUGCUGCUGCAGCUGUUGCCGCUGCCGCCGCCGCUGCUGCUGCUACACCAUCUUACACUUCUGCUACUGCUAACUACAGUGGCUAUGGCUAUGGAUCUGGUCUCUCUCCAUAUCAAGGUUCUACAUAUCCGCACUAAGUUUUCCACUCUGGUAGCAUGAUCUGUCGAUAGGUUCACUUGCAAGAUUUUAACUUUGACUGGUUACUCUUUUCUGUUCACAUGUAAUCUGGGCUUUAGGGUGUUACCUUUUUUCAUUUUAAUGCUAGUUCUGAUCUCUUCUGCGUUUGGGAAAUAACAACAGAGAAUAACAAUGUUCAGUUAAAACGUCGGGGGAGUUACUGGUGCCUCAUAGGACCUGAGAAGGAAGUUGGUGGUUGUUUCUUUGUAAUUAAAUGAAGGUCAUGACUGUUGCCCCUUGCAGCAACAAAUGAUGGUUAUGUUAAUGUUGUGUUGGUAAUUCAAUAUGUACUAUAUUUCCUAUACAAAUUUCAGUGGACAUUUUUCUCUAGCAA